AUGGACAAUUUGUACAGUUCUGCCCCAGAGUAUAUGGGCAACACCAUAUCAGAUAUCAACCAACAGCUUUUGAAUGGUAUGGGCGAUGGGUACGGUUUUGAAGACUUUUCAUACCCAUUGUCAUCCGAAGAUUUUAUUAACCAGUUCGGCUUCGAAGCAUCCCAAGACAUGUUUCCGAGUACAGUCACAGAAGAUGCUCAGCUUCCAGUUGAUCCUAAACUUCUGUCGACCGUUGACACUCCUGCCCCAUACGACCUGAACUCCCCGUCGGAUAUGCCCAAAGACUUGGGAGCUCCAAAGCCUCAUCAGCUACAGGACCCAGUUCCCGUGCCAAAACCAUCUUUGGCGCCGCAGCCCCGACCAGUUCAUCAAGCUAUGGCACAACCCAACAUGCCUGCAGUGGGACAUGCGGCCUCCCGUAGACGUUCCCAAAGCGUGGAUCUCGCAGCAAAUGUUCAGUUGCCACUCUUUGGCACUCAUGGACAAGCAAACCUGCACAUUCAGCCCAAUUAUCCCGUCUACAACUCCUAUCAACCUAGUUAUCAUUACCCGGGAAAUGGUAUCCAAGGGAUCUACGACACUCAGGGUAUGGCACAGUAUCCGCUUCAACCUCCAGCCGCAAUCAAAGCUCAGUCUAUGCACAACAUAAUCCAAGUAAACAAAUGCGCGGAUUGUCGUCAGGACCCUCACCCUGGUUCAUGCUUUUCGCAGGCAGCUCCCCAGAAUCGUCGACCCCCUCAACAAAGAAUUCAGCAAGUACCAUGCCAAGAACCAGAUGGACGGCCAGCUUGGUUGCAGACACCUCCUAAGCGCAAGCGGAACGCUGUAUUUGACGACGACUCGGACGUGGAAGUUCCCUUGAAGAAGUCUUAUAGGAAGGGACGAAGCUUCAGGACUAAACGUGGAAAGGAGAAGGAUCCCGAGAUUGGAAUCAAGAUGUAUGGGAUGUUCCGCUUCCCGGAACUGGACUGGGUCUCACGCAGAGGAUUUGAAUUCUUAUACUUGUCCACAGGACAGUGGGAGAAAAAGAUUCUAUUCUCGGCCGAGGACUUGAAGGACUAUAUCUACAACUGUCCUCGAAAUCCAAGGCUGUGGAUCCAACAAAAUCCAGCACAAUGCACAGAACGAACUAUCGAUGCCGACACUAUCUGUCGGUACUCGAACUGCCCUGAUACAAACCACACGAUUCGACCUGGCUGGUGCCGCGUGGCGUUCGACGAAUUUUAUCACCAUACCUCCUGUGGUCAGAAAGAUCCUUUCAAGAUGGCUGGUGUUAUGCACCUUUGGUGCUUCGAGCAGUGCAUCGACCCCGUAGAGGUGAUGGCAAAUGGGAAGAUGGUGCCAGAUGAUCGCGAUGACGAGAAGCUUGUCAAGGAAAAAUCGAACAAAAUGGCUAUUACUCGGGAUUCUGACACAAGGAUCGUUGUGGAUACUAUCAGGCCUUGGUUUAAAAAGCGUGCAGGUCAAGCACCACAAGCUCCUUAUGCGAAUUACGAGGACUCUCUCUCCUACGCGCUUGUUAAGCACCAUCUGGAUCACCAAGUCGGUGCUCGUCAUAGGAGCCGGGGUGGUCGCAACAAGGAUAGACCAGAAAGCGAGUUGAAGACCAUUGACGUCCACAUGGGCCGCCUCGACUUCUGGGCCGAGCGCGACACUGCUUCCAGGAAGAAGAGGGCGUCGAAGCAGUCUCGUGCUGCUGCCCCUGAGCCGGAGCAGUUACUUACUCCGACGACCUCCAAUGGACUUCUUCCUACACGAAAGUCUGCUGAACUGACACCAAAUGGCUCGACAAAGAACUUCAGCGAUAUGCUGUCGAGUGUUUCCGUUGCCAAUAACUAUGAGUUUGAAUAUAACGGAUUCAUGCCCAAGGCGAAGAAGGAGGAGCAGCCAGUCAAGCUCGAGGACAGCUCAAAGUGGCCUCAGCCUACCGCAGGAGAACGAAGAGUAUCAUUCCGCGAUCUUCUAUCCCCCAGCGAUCUUCUGGAGCAGGAGAAUGUUGUGCAAACGAGUUCCAACGCAGAGACUGGUCGCCAAGAUCAGCCCGUCUCGCCACCACGACGAAGCCCCCGCUUCUCGGCUGGGAACAUUCGUGAGUCUAUUCAGACCGAGACCAAGGCUGCCACUUCCCCAGCAAAGUUGCAAGCCUCUGGCUCACUGUUGCCUACGGCUACUACCGAGAGUCCUAAGAAAGAAUCCCUGGCUGUGCCCUCUACACCAAAGGGCCAGAGAACUGCUUCGUGGGGCGACGACAGUCUUUUCGGCUCGCCAGUCGCCCCGCUAGCAAAGGACAAAUCCCCUCGAGAGGCGUCUGAUCGCGCUGGCGAGGAAGUUCAGGGCUCACCUUUGAGGAGAAGUAGCAGAGUGAGCGCUAAGAAGACGCCUUGAGAGGCAGCAGGUGGCGAUGAUCAAGGACUAUCGAAAGUUGCUAGAGUCAUGGAGUGG